ACGGAAAUAAAUGACGUCACGCCAUCAUGAACAAUCAUGAGUAUAGCAAUACAUGCAAUUACAUUUUUUAACCAAUUUUUUAUGUGUACAUAAGAGAGAGAGAAAUGAGAAUAAGCAUUCCGGUCUCUGACUCACACAUUGACUCAUUGUUUAAUCAACUUUGAUACUACAUUGAGUGAAAGAGGUAUCUUUUCUAAAAAAAAAAAAAAAAACUGAUAAGACAGUGUAGUAGUAGUGUGUAAAGAAAAAAAACUCUUUUAUCAAUUUUUUUGACAGCGACAAAUAAAAAAACAAAACUACCAUUGUUUAGCUGUCAAUUGAAAUAUAACAAAAAAAAAAGUUAGCAACGAUUUUUAUUGUUGUAAAUUUGGAAUAACAGCAGUUAUAUGAAAAGGUUUAAUUUAAAAGAUAAAUUUGAAGAAGUCAAGAUGUCAGAUUUUGGUCCAAUAACCCUUAAAUGGGAUCCAAAAAAUCUUGAAAUACGUACAAUAUCAGUUGAAAAAACUCUUGAGCCACUUGUAUUACAAGUAACAACACUUGUUAAUACAAAAGGACCAAGUAAAAAAAAAAAAGGUAAAUCAAAAAGAGCAAGUGCACUUGUUGGUACUGUUGAAAAAGCAACAGCAAAUUUUAUUGAACAAGGUGAACAAAUUGCAUUUGAAAAUCCUGAUAUAACUGCUGAAAUGUUAUGUGCUGUUGAAGAAGUUAAAAAAACAGGUGCUGCAAUGUCAAUUGCUGCACGUGAAUUUUCUGAAGAUCCAUGUUCAUCAUUAAAACGUGGUAAUAUGGUUAGAGCUGCUAGAAAUUUAUUAUCAGCAGUAACACGUUUAUUAAUACUUGCUGAUAUGGUUGAUGUACAUUUAUUAUUAAAAUCAUUACACGUUGUUAAAGAUAAUUUAAUGGUACUAGAAACAGUAUCAUCACAAGGUGAAUUAUUAGAAAAUAUAAAACAAUUUGGUAGAAAUGCAACUGAAUUAAUUAAUCAAGCAGCAAAACGUCAACAUGAACUUAAAGAUCCACAAUUACGUGAUGAUCUUGCUGCAGCACGUGCUGUAUUAAAAAAACAUUCAACAAUGUUAUUAACAGCAUCAAAAGUAUAUGUACGUCAUCCAGAAUUAGCUGCUGCAAAAGCUAAUCGUGAUUAUGUAUUAAAACAAGUAUGUGAAGCUGUUGAUACAAUUAAUAAUGUUGCACAAGGUAAAUUACCUGGUGGUAAACAACAUCCACUUGAUGGUCCUGGUGAACUUGCUGAUGCACUUGAUGAAUUUGAUGAAAGUAUGGUAAUGUCACCAUUGGCAUAUAAUGAACUUAAAACACGUCCAAGUUUAGAAGAAAGAUUAGAGAGUAUUAUUAGUGGUGCUGCACUUAUGGCUGAUUCAUCAUGUACCAGAGAUGAAAGACGUGAAAAAAUUGUUAAAGAAUGCAAUGCUGUACGUCAAGCAUUACAAGAUUUACUCAGUGAAUACAUGAAUAACAUGACUGUGAAGGAACAAUCAGAAGGUUUAGAUCGUGCAAUUGAUCAUAUGGGAAGAAAAACACGUGAUCUACGUCGUCAUUUACGUAAAGCUGUUGUUGAUCAUGUUUCUGAUAGUUUUCUUGAAACAAGUGUACCGUUAUUAAUUCUCAUUGCUGCUGCUGAAAAAGGAAAUGAUAAAGAAGUUGAAGAAUGUGCAUUAGUAUUUACUGAACAUGCUAAUAAACUUGUUGAAGUUGCAAAUCUUGUUUGUAGUAUGUCAGCAAAUGUUGAUGGUGUUAAAAUGGUACGUCAUGCUGCUGCACAAAUAAGUAAUUUAUGUCCACAAGUUAUAAAUGCAGCACGUGUAUUAGCAGCACGUCCACAUUCAAAAUUAGCUAUUGAAAAUAUGCAAGUAUUUCGUCAAGCAUGGGAAAAUCAAGUUGGUGUAUUAACUGAGGCUGUUGAUGAUAUAACAACAAUUGAUGAUUUUCUAGCUGUAUCUGAAAGUCAUAUACUUGAAGAUGUUAAUAAAUGUGUACUUGCAUUACAAGAAGGUGAUGCUGAUACAUUAAAUAGAACUGCUGAAGCAAUACUUGGUCGUUCAAAUCGUGUAUGUAAUGUUGUACAUGCACAAAUAUCACAAGAAAUGUCAGAACCAAGAGUAUAUACAAAACCAGUACUUGAAGCUGUUAUUGUAUUACGUGAUCAAGUUAUGCCAAAAUUUGCUCAACGUGUUAAAGUUGCUGUUGAUGCAUUAUCUGGUAAUCCAUUAAAAGAAGUUGAUGAAAAUGAUUUUAUUGAUGCAUCAAGAUUAGUUUAUGAUGGUGUACGUGAAAUACGUCGUGCUGUAUUAAUGAAUCGUCCAGAUGAAGAACUUGAUCCAGAAGAUUUUGAACCAGAUGAUCAUUAUACUAUUGAAAGAGGUAGUAAAUCAAGUGCACAAACUGGUGAACAUUCAAUUGAUGAAUAUCCAGAUAUAUCUGGUAUAACAACAGCAUGUGAAGCUAUGAGAAAAAUGCCAGAAGAAGAUAAACAAAAAAUUUAUCAACAAUUUGAAUAUUUUAAAAGUGAAAAAUUGAAAUUUGAUAAAGAAGUUGCUAAAUGGGAUGAUGCUGGUAAUGAUAUUAUUGUACUUGCUAAACAUAUGUGUAUGAUUAUGAUGGAAAUGACAGAUUUUACACGUGGACGUGGUCCAUUAAAAACAACAAUGGAUGUUAUAACUGCUGCUAAAAAAAUAUCUGAAGCUGGUACUAAAUUGGAUAAAUUAACAAGACAAAUUGCUGAUCAAUGUCCUGAAAGUUCAACAAAACAAGAUCUUCUUGCAUAUUUACAAAGAAUAGCAUUGUAUUGUCAUCAAAUGAAUAUUACAAGUAAAGUUAAAGCUGAUGUACAAAAUAUCAGUGGUGAACUUAUUGUUUCGGGUUUAGAUUCAGCAACAUCACUUAUUCAAGCUGCUAAAAAUCUUAUGAAUGCUGUUGUACUUACUGUUAAAGCUUCAUAUGUUGCUUCUACAAAAUAUCCAAGAGAAGCUAAUGUUGCUUCACCAAUUGUCGUAUGGAAAAUGAAAGCACCAGAAAAAAAACCAUUGGUACGUCCAGAACGACCAGAGGAAGUGCGUGCUAAAGUACGCAAAGGUUCACAGAAAAAAGUGCAAAAUCCAAUUCAUGCACUCUCGGAAUUUCAGAGUCCAACUGAAAGUGUUUAAAUUUAAUUUACAUAAUUAUAUAAAAAAAAAAUUAUAUAUCAGUACAAUCAUGAAUAAUUAGAUGAAUUUUUUAAUUCAAAUUACAAAGAUAUUUCUUUGAUAAUACUUCCAAAUCAUAUUUUUUACACAAUCGGUGCAAAAAUGAAUAUUUCAUUCAGCUAAUUCAAUCUGAUUUCUGGCAGCACACAUUAUUUUCAAAAGCUUUUUUUUUUUUUUCCUUUUUAAAUACUUUACCUUGACGUUAAUAUAAAAAAAAUAAUUUUAAUAAUUAUAUCGACACGUUUUAGUAUUAAUAAAUAUAUUAAAUAAUUUUUUUGCAGUUUUCUGUAUGAAAAAAAAUACAACUGUUUAUCAUUUAAAGUACUCGACAAAAUUUAAAUUGAAAAAAUAAAUAGAAUAAUUGAAUGUGUAUAUAUAAUUGAAUAUACUUUUGAUAUUCAUUGUUAAAAACGAAAAUUAAUAAUAAUUGGAAAACAGACUCAAGAAUAAAACAAUAAUUGACUUUAUAAAUUUAUAACUGCAUAAAAAUGUUGUUCUUAAAGCAGGCCUAAUUGAUUUGUAAAACUUUUUACUGAAUUUUAUAUAAAAAAAAAAAAAAGGUACCAACAAUAAUCUAAAGAAAUAUUUAAUUCUGGUGAUUAAAAACGUUAUUUUUUUUUUUAUUUAACAAUCAUUCCGUAUAGAAAAAAAAAAAAUAUCAUUUCAGUGGUCAUGUGAAUAGACUAGUAUUUAAUUUUUUAGGUUUAAAUAAUAAUUAAUAAAUAAUAAUCGAAAAAUUAUGGUGGCACAAUAUUGUAUUUCUAUGAAAUUUUUUUUUGUCUUUUUUUUAUGUAGUAAGCUGGAUUGAGUAUUUAUAAAUUAUAUUUAUGAGUUAAUAUUAUUAGUCGUAAUAUGCACAAAAUUUUAUAAUCUUUGUAGUGUAGCUAAGAAAAAAAAUUAUUAUUAUAAACAAUUGUUUAUAGAAACUAAGCUGCCAAAUAAUGUUUUUUUUUUUUUUUUAUUUUUUUUUAAAGUAAAUGUAAUGCUAACGGCAAAUAAAUUGACGUUAUACAGGACAUAUUUAUACUUUUUUUAAAAUGAAUAUUAAGGGAGAGGAAAAAAGAAAAAUAUACAAUUAAUAAUUUCUGGCUCAAAUCAGUAUUUGUAUUGAGCGUACUUUCACUAAUUUCGUGAUGUAGUGAUUCUCUGUAAUUCAAUGUAUUCCAUGUAGAUUGACAAAUAAAGUUUUACAAUUAA